UUUCGUCCCGUGAUCGAGCGUGAUGGUCAUGAUCAUUGAUCAAUCAUCUUUUGUAUAACUUGUAACACGGUUUGUGGCCGUGAUGAUUUUAUUUAAUAGCACUUUUCAAUGUAGCUUCCAAUUUUAUACCAGCAAGAGGACAUUUUCUUGAUUUGGUCCAGUUUGACUCUGUAGUCGAUUCAAAACUAUUAGCCGUAUUGUAAAUUCCAAUAGGGAAAAACUUAUAUUUUGUUUAUAAAAAAUACUAAAACAAAACAAAGCCACCUUUUUGUAGCAGUCAAGUGUUGUGAUAAGUUGGGACCAAAAAGGCAUAUAGUAAUCAAAUAUGACUUUAAAAUUAAAUUGGGGCAUCGCCGGUGUUGGCAUGAUCAGCCAUGACUUUUUAACAGCCAUGUCAAAUCUGUCAUGCGAUCAACACAAGGUUGUUGCUAUCGCUGGCAAAGAUCUGAGCCGAGCACACAGACUUGCAAUGCUACAUAAUAUCAACACAGCAUACGAAGGCUAUGAAACACUAGCAUAUGACAGUUCUAUUGACAUCGUUUUCGUCAGCUUGAUGAAUUUACAGCAUUAUGACGUAGCUAAGUUAAUGUUAGAGAAUGGUAAACAUGUGCUCUGCGAAAAGCCAAUGGGCAUGACGUACAAACAGACAAAGUCAUUGGUGGACCUGGCAAGGGAAAAGAAAUUAUUUCUUCUCGAAGGGAUGUGGUCGAGGUUCUUUCCUGCUUACGAUGCUUUGGAUAAACACAUUGCCAGCGGCGGGCUUGGGGAUGUCUAUCAUGUAAACGUACAAUUCGGGGUCGAGAUUAACGACAUUGAGAGAAAUUUAAUGAAAGACUUGGGCGGCGGCGCGGUGAUGGAUUUAGGUUUAUACAUGUUGCAACUGGUGCAGUUUGUGUACAAAGAGCCGCCCACCGACAUUAUGUGCACGGGCCACUUGAGCAAGGCCGGCGUCGACGAGUCGCUCUCCUGCGCCCUUAAGUACAAGGGAGGCAGGACGGCGACGAUAUCGGCGCAUACCCGCGCCAACAUGACUAAUAGAGCCGAGAUCACGGGGACUAAGGGUACUAUUGCGCUUGAUUACUUCUGGUGUCCGACCACGCUACAGAUAUCGGCUGCCAACAACACGGAAUGGACGCUACCCAAGGGAAAGUACAGUUAUCACUUCCACAAUAGCGCCGGCCUCGCCUACCAGAUACAGGAGUGCUGGGAUUGCUUGGCUAAAGGUUUACUGGAAAGUCCUAAAAUGUCGUUGGACGAGAGCAUAUUAUUUUCAAAGUUAACGGACACGAUGCGGGCACAAUUAGGAGUACUAGAUGUAGGUCUAUAACUAACGGUGAAUCUCCAUUGUAACACCUGUAUUAAAUAUUGCCAUCCCUCUUACUCCUCAUGG